CCCUAGUCAGCUAUGCGGCAGCCAGGGCUGUGUAAGCCCAGAUCGCCCAGGACAAAGAGGACAUCAGCAGUCUCCUGGAAGUCACCCAAGGGAACACUCCACUUUGGACACCUCAACUGCUACAGGCUGCAUUCGUCAUUCUGAGGCCGGUGCUCAUCCUACACACCAAAGAUGGAGGUGCUGCUAGGAGUGAAAAUUGGCUGCCUGUUUGCCCUUCUGGCUCUCACACUGGGCUGUGGCCUUGCUCCCAUCUACUUCAAAUGGUUCCAGAUGGAUGCAGCUACAGGUCAUCACUACAGAGUUCUCAGCCUCCUGGGCUGCGUCUCUGCCGGUGUCUUUCUGGGAGCAGGGUUGAUGCAUAUGACUGCUGAAGCCCUGGGGGGAAUUGAAUCAGAAAUUCAGAAAUUCAUGGUGCAGAAUAGUACAGGGAGUAAGGGAAACUCUUCUCAGGAUGCUGCUUCCAGCUAUGUGGAGUAUCCCUAUGGAGAGCUCGUCAUCUCCCUGGGCUUUUUCUUUGUCUUCCUUCUGGAGUCGCUGGCUUUGCAGUACUGUCAUGGGGACACUGGAGGAUCAACAGCACAGGGAGAGGAAUGGGGAGGGACUCAUGCCUUUGAAUUCCACAAGCACCCACCUGUGCCCUCACCCUCACGGGGGCCCCUCCGCGCCCUCAUCCUUCUGCUCUCACUGUCCUUUCACUCCGUGUUCGAAGGUCUAGCCGUGGGACUGCAGACAACAGUGGCGGCUACUAUACAGCUCUGUGUUGCUGUUCUGGCUCAUAAGGGGCUUGUGGCAUUCAGUGUAGGCCUGCGGCUGCUGAAGACUGGCGCUGGGUCACGGUGGGCCACACUCUGCAUACUGUCAUUAGCACUCAUGUCCCCUGUGGGCCUAGCCCUAGGACUGACUGUGGCCGGAGGGGCCUCGGGACCAGCGCAGGGAUUAGCCCAGGCUAUAUUAGAGGGAAUAUCAGCUGGCACGUUCCUAUAUGUCACCUUCCUAGAAAUUCUGCCCCGGGAGCUGGCUUGUCCUGAGGCCCCUCUGGCCAAGUAUGGCUGUGUGGCUGCUGGUUUUGCCUUCAUGGCUCUUAUUGCCUUGUGGGCCUGAGAGAUUCCUCACUGCACUGACGGACCUAUCUAGGAUGACUUCUCCUGAGGACACUCCCUGAAUGACUUUGGCCCUCACACAUUUUUUUUUUCCAGUGAGACUAAGCAUUUACAAGGCACAGACUAUUCCAGAUUUUAUAUGUAAGAGAUCCUGUUCUUGCUCAAGACUUAGAAAGGAUGAUUGUUUAAGUGCCUAUUUAACUGGAAAAUUGGUAUCAAGACCAUCACUCCAGGAUUUCUAGUACGUGUAAUAAAAUGCCCAUUU